AUGUUCCGUGCGAACCGUCUGCGUAUUCAAAGCCUCAGGGUAUCGCAUGUUUGCGUGUCCUGCAAACCAUCUACAGCAUCGCCAUGUAGAGUUCGACCUCCCUUCCUCACGAACGCCACCCUUGCUGGUGGCCGAACGUACUCAGACGAUGCCCAGGCACCAGAUGCUUCCGAAGCCGCAACGGCCGACUCGACCGACGAGCAACUGCAGAAGCCAAAGAAGAAAUCCAAGGGACCUCGCCGCCCGAUGACUCCCCGCCGAAUCACUCCAACGAAGAAGACAGGGACUUCGGAUCAAACCCCGCAGGUCUCCACGGGCGAGCCGACUCCCGAAGUUAUCAUGGAUGUCUAUAAAUCUUUACAGAGCCUCGAAAGAAGCUAUCGUUCGAUCAACAAUAGGAUGGCUGGCCUGCACAGAGAGGCGACAAAGUCCCCCGAAGACUCCGACACGACCGGGAAGGGGGAGAAGCCUAUUCUCUAUGAUGCGUCGCUAGUGCGACAGACAAAAAAGCUGAAGGCCAAGAUUGCCACGGUCAAGGGCACUUUGAACGUUCUGAAAGAUGUUCUGGGCAACCAGCAGAUCCCUCUCGAGAGCUUGACGAAACGACCGAGCGAAACAGCAUCUUCGCCUCAGCCCGCCGGCUCGAAAGAGGUUGGAGAAUCAGAUGCGCAAACGAAACCACGAAAAGGCUCAAAGGCACCGAAGAGUUCAACCAAAUCGCAGGGAAUGUCGGAGCAAAAGGCAGCUGGGGAGAGAAAGGCGGUGCAAUUGACAUCGUUGGCCGGUCGCUUUGCUCUUGCGGCUGCCGAUGCGUCAGCAUCUAGCGCUUUUACCAGUUCCCCAACAUCGAAGACACACGACGACGGAAACACUAAGUCGGCCGAUCCUAAAAAGAAAGGGAAAUCCAAGCGACCCUUGAAUGUCGAAAGAGUCCAUGCGAACGAGCUGGCCCUGCAACCGGUGGAGCAGGACAUGCCUGAAGUACCAAAGUUGUCAUAUGGUCUUGAUAGAGCCCUGUUCAAUCCUGGGGUUUACCAGUUGCAAGACCCGCACUCUCGAGUCUACAACUUCGACCCCUACCUGGCAAACAUCAUGCCAAUCAACGAAUUUGACUUCAAUGCGCUGAAGAAAUAUGUCACUUCUUCAAAAGACCAGACUUUGUUUGGACUUGCUUCAAAGCUGGAGAAGAGGUACUGCGGAUCUACCUCGAGCAUGACAGCGAUGCUAUCACACUUUCACUUCCUGCUUUCUGCGUGGCGGCCGAUCAAUGCAUCGACCUUGAGCCAGACCUUCAGAGCCGAGAAUUCCAACUUUACCCAAAUCAUGCGAUCGCCAGCCGCUACAUUCCUGCAUCUCCGCGAUGGGGUCUACUCCAUCGAUGCGGACAAGGAAUUCGAUUUUGCUAGCAUCCUUAGUAUGCUAGGAAAGUCUAUGGAGAAACUUUUAACGCUACCACGAGACGAGUUUGAGAGGUAUAGAAAGAAGAACUCGGAUCAGAUUACGGAAGAGGAGCGGAAUGCUGAAGAAGCCUUUCACUUCACAACUUUCGGAGACUUUCUCAUGCGCUCACAACUGGACGCUUAUGAUUCACGCUUGCCUGGCACCGGCAUGUUCGACUUGAAAACUAGAUCUGUUAUCUCCAUUCGGAUGGAUGCCACGGGAUACCAGAAGGGUCUGGGUUACGAACUUCGGAAUCGAUUCGGUAACUGGGAAUCCUUUGAACGCGAAUACUACGACAUGAUUAGGUCAACGAUGCUCAAAUACUCUCUGCAAGUGCGGAUGGGCCGAAUGGACGGUAUCUUUGUGGCAUAUCACAACACUCAGCGCAUCUUCGGUUUCCAAUACAUCAGCCUAGAGGAGAUGGACUUGGCUCUUCACGGUACAGAGGACAAACAGCUCGGAGACCUGGAGUUUAAGCUUAGUCUUCACCUGCUCAACAAGGUGCUAGACCGUGCCACCAAGCGUUUCCCAGGACGUUCAAUCCGCCUUCACAUCGAGACUCGGCCGACCAACCCUCCACUCAUGUACAUCUUCGCAAAGCCUGUUACGCAUGAACAAAUCGAGAAGAUCCAGACGACUCAACAUGCAGCGAUUGCUGAAUACGAGAAGGAGAUUCUUGGACUCGUCCAGGAGGGAGAGCGUGAGCAACUGGAAGCUGAAGACGUAGAUUCAGAAUUGGAACAGGCGGCUGAGGAAGAAGUCGAGGCUGUUGUGGACGGAAAUAGGAGUCAACAGCUGCAGACCCAGGAAUUCUGGGAAGAAAUGCAGGAGAAGGUGGAUGCAGCUAUCGAGGAUGAUGCCUUGGGUGUCGACCACGUGCGCGAAGCCAUUCGCGAUGCUCUUCAGCAAAGCGGGUUGCUAGAGGCAAGAUCUCCCCAAGAAGCGGAUACUUACGUCGAUGCCUUACUCGGAGUUCUGGUCCGCAGCGCCAAGGAUGUUAAGCAAACCAAAUCCACGAACGUCGAGAGCGGGUCAUUGGCAGUCGAAAUCGAUGCGGCAGGCGAAAUGAGUGUGUCAGACAAGGCGACCACAACCGAUGAGCUCACGGAGACUGCGCAGGCAAACGCGCAGGCAGCUGAGACGGAGCUGCUGCAAGACGUUGAGUCUGAUGCCGCCGUCGAGGAGCAGGAUUCAGCCGCACGCCGGUCUCGCGACACAAGUCUUAAGGAGCUCAUUCUUCGCCUCGCCCUAAGCGUGGAUGAAAAGCCCGAGUACGACGAUAUUCAAGCAGCCGACGAAGACGCAGUCUCAGACGACUCUAAGCUUUCAAACUUUGGACUGAUUCUCUCGGAGCUUGUAGCCAAAUCGAAGGCCAAAGACAGCGGUUUAACUACGAGAGCGGAUGAGAUCGACGCUCCAAGCAACCCCUUGACAAGCCCGGAACAUUCAAGCCAGGAGACUGUCGAGCGCGGACCUGAAGAACAGGAGGAUGCGGACGAUGAGCUUUUGGGUAUGCACUUGACAGUGCGGAACACCGUCAACGGAAAUGUGGUGGAACGUCCGGUCUCCAAAUCCGAGAGGCUUGAUUGGCAACUAGAGUACUCCCUCGAUGAAAUGGACGUGGCACAGGCUCGGAAGCUUUACAGGCGCCUGAAAGACAGGCGAAGAAAAGCUCUGGAAAAGGGAGACGAGCACCGGGACACUGAGUGGUACAAGAUGUUCAAAGGGAAUCUGAAGAAGUUCAGUGAUGAGGGUCGUCGAUAUCGCCAGGAGAAGGACAACAUUGAGAAAGAUUUGCCGGUUCAUGUCUUCGGCAAGGAUGAAGUCAUGACGUACGACGAGGCGUUUGGAUAUUUGAAGGAGUGGAGGAGGCACCCGCACGAGGAGCUGAAUGGUAACGAGUCGAAGGAAGGGAACGUUCUUGAUCUUAAGGACGUCGGCGCGGAGGAAAACAAAACGGAGACUGAAGAGAAGCAAUCCUCGUCAUAG